AUAGCCCUGGCUAAUACACUAGUAUUGCACAUAAACAAAGCAGCGGCUAGUUGAACUGAGUAGCGGUGGUGUAGCACCGGUCCCUUAUACUUCUCCGGCGAGGAGGUUCGGCCGACCCUAGGAGUUCUGACUGCAGUAUCAUCACUUAAAAGAUAAAUAUAAGCGGCGCCACCAUUAAAUGGGCUUAGAAAUGGAAGAAGACGGAUAUUCAGCAUCGAAGCUGUUUAACCGAGGUUAUUCCUACACUUACGAUGACCUUAUCUUCCUUCCGGGCUUUAUCGACUUCUCGACCGAAGCAGUUUCCCUUUGUACUAAGCUUUCGAAGAAUGUUCCUCUUCAUAUUCCUUGUGUUUCUUCUCCUAUGGACACUGUUACCGAGUCUUACAUGGCUUCCGCUAUGGCCGCUCUCGGUGGUAUUGGGAUUAUUCACUCUAAUCUUUCUCCUUCUCUCCAAGCUCAGUUGGUUACUUCCGCUAAGUCACGGCGUGUUCCUCUUUUAUCAAGUCCUGUUUUCAGCUCUCCUGAUUCCAGGAUCACCCAUCACUUUGAAGAUCCCACUCGACCCUGUGUUUUAGUUACUCAGUCAGGUACUGCUGACUCCAAGCUCAUAGGCUAUGUACUCAAGUCUGAUUGGAUGGGUUUAACUGAUAAAGAAACUAAAUUGAUGGAUUUUAUGCAUACCACCGAUGACCCUAAUGUUUGUGUUCCUUGGAGUUAUGAGCUCCACGACAUUGAUGCCUUUCUCAAACAAGAAAGCCGAGAUUUUGCCAUUCUUCAGAAGGAAGGAGGAGAGGCAGUGGAUGUCAUUUCCAAGGAAGAAGUCGAGAGGGUCAAAGGAUAUCCCAAGUUGACCAAGGGAUCCGUGGGUUCUGAUGGCAAGUGGAUGGUCGGGGCCUCUAUUGGGACCAGGGAAUCUGAUAAGGAGAGAUUGGAGCAUUUGGUUAAAGCCGGGGUAAACGCCGUGAUAUUGGAUAGUUCACAAGGCAACUCCAUUUAUCAAAUUGAAAUGAUUAAGUAUAUUAAGUCAACAUAUUCUGAGUUGGAUGUAAUUGGUGGUAAUGUGGUGACUGUAAAUCAAGCACAAAAUCUGAUCAAGUCAGGCGUAGAUGGAUUGAGAGUUGGAAUGGGGUCUGGCUCUAUUUGCACCACCCAGGAGGUUUGUGCAGUUGGUAGAGGACAGGCUACUGCAGUGUACAAGGUUUCAUCUGUAGCGGCACAGAGUGGUGUUCCUGUCAUUGCCGAUGGCGGCAUUUCAAAUUCAGGUCAUAUUGUCAAGGCUUUGUCACUGGGUGCAUCUACUGUAAUGAUGGGAGGGUUUUUAGCAGGAAGCACUGAAGCCCCCGGGGCCUAUGUGUGUCAGAAUGGUCGUCGGAUAAAAACAUAUCGGGGCAUGGGGUCUCUAGAAGCAAUGACAAAAGGAAGUGAUCAAAGAUACUUGGGAGAUACAUCUAAGCUAAAGAUUGCACAGGGAGUUGUGGGAGCAGUUGCUGAUAAGGGGUCAGUGUUGAGGCUUGUACCGUACACCAUGCAAGCUGUGAAGCAAGGGUUCCAGGAUAUUGGUGCUUCUUCUUUGCAGUCCGCUCAUGAUUUAUUAAGAUCAAACACUCUGAGGCUUGAGGUACGAACAGGUGCUGCACAAGUUGAAGGUGGAAUACAUGGCUUGGUUUCUUAUGAGAAGAAAGCUUUUUAAAUGCUAAACACUGCUAAAACUCAGCUUCUUUUCUUCUUCUUGUUGAACAUCACAGUAUUCAUCUCCUUUUAUCUUCACCAAUUUUGACAUUUCACAACCACUCUAUCCUUGGAUACCAAUUUUUCCAUUUUUACUUCUAUUGUUGUUUUCAGCAAA